GGCCAGCAUGUCAGUGCAUCAGCGUAUCAUUGUGUUGGGAAGAUUUUAAUUUUUUUGCUGUUGUUGUUGACAGAAACAACUAAAUUUUACAUGACAGAGAUAAUUAUCCAGCCAUCCGAGGGGAGUUUUCCUAACAUACCAAGGUCCCAGUUUGUUCAGAGUGUUGUUGCCCAGUGUCUGGUGGAACUCUCCUCCACAAGAAGCACUUUCAGGUUCACAGUUCAAGGUCAGGAUGGCAAAGUGUAUAUUUUGCUCUGGAUUUUAAACUCAGACAGUUUGGUGAUUGAACCCCUGAGAAGAUCUGGGUGUGUGAGGAAGUUCCCACUGUUGGAAGAUACAUCGGAAGCUGACUCCAGCUCUGCCUGUAAUGCCAUAAAAGUCCUCUACCAGCCCUGCAUCAAAAGCAGGAAUGAAGAGUAA